CUAUCUAUUUUCUAUUUUUUUGUAAAUAUGUAUUAUGUAAAUAUGUACGUUUAGGGAAAAACUUGUUAAUUGAAUAGUGGAGAAAGGGUAGGUUUAAAUAAGCAUAUGCUUCAUCCUACUCCUUUUCGGACAUGUUGCGUUCAUCACAUUAUAUAUAGUCAAAACAAAAGCUAUAUAGCUUUUGUUUUGACUAUUGAUAUUGUUGUUUUAAUUAUUCUCAUUGGAUUUGUUUGUAUUUCAGUUUACUUUGUUGUGUUAUUCGCACAUGUUCGAAAUAAAAAAAAUAAACUAAAUACAUUUUCGCCUGACGUUUUAUUUUCGAACAUUAUUUUUCCAUUUAAAAAUAUUGAGCCUUUUAUCUUGUGUAAUAACAUAAUUAGCUAUGAAAGCUAACGCAUCGAUACCUCAUGCAAUUACUACAUUUUACAUUGGGGCAAAUAUUUCUAGUAGCUUCGACAAGCUUUUAUCAUGGCUAUAACUGAUUUCUAGAUAUGAUGUAAAGCUGCACGUACACCCAGUCACCUCUGAUAGCAGUGUAGAGGAGGAUGCAGAGUGUGAUAGGCAGCUGUUCACUACUGCCCUGCACAGUUUCAAAUAUGGGCAGGGUAAAAAUGGCAACCUUUGACGUGACAGCAAUAGCUGCUAAAAACAGAACUGACACCAGCUAGAUAGGAGCCCACACCCGCUAGGACAAGAGCAGCAGUUAGCCGGACUCGGGCCUACCUGAGUCUUUUAAACUUUAACAGCUUUUAGUGGUUUUAUAUUAUUAGAUUGUGUAGUGUUUGUGUCUUGCUAGAAGCGUUUGUCUAAAAUGAAUACCAUGGAUAACUUGGAGAAACAGCUGAUUUGUCCCAUAUGCCUGGAAAUGUUUACAAAGCCUGUGGUUAUCCUACCGUGCCAGCACAACCUCUGCAGAAAAUGUGCCAAUGAUGUUUUCACGGCUUCAAACCCGUACCUCCCAACAAGAGGUGGCUCAUUGACAUCUGGCGGUCGCUUCCGUUGCCCGUCCUGCAGACAUGAGGUGGUUCUGGACAGGCACGGUGUCUACGGGCUGCAGAGGAACCUGCUGGUUGAGAACAUCAUCGACAUGUUCAAACAGGAGUCCAGCAGCAGCAAGCCGGCGCCCGAGAGAAAGGAAGAAACACCCAUGUGUGACGUUCACGAAGAUGAAAAGAUCAACAUUUACUGUGUUACCCAUGGUGUGCCCACAUGCUCCAUGUGUAAGGUAUUUGGAGCGCACAAAGACUGCGAGGUGGCGCCCAUCACCAGCAUCUACCAGACAAAGAAGACGGAGCUGAGUGACGGGAUUGCCAUGAUGGUCGGCAACAACGACAGGAUGCAAGGCAUCAUCAGUCAGCUGGAAGAAGCCUGUCGUGCUAUAGAGGAGAACGGUCGGAGGCAGAAGACCCUGGUGUGUGAGAAGUUUGACCAGCUGUACUCCGUCCUUGAGGAUAAGAAGAGGGAGAUGAGUCAGAAGGUGACUGCCGAGCAGGACGAGAAGCUCAACUAUAUCAGGGGCCUGACCAGGAAGUACGGAGACCAUCUGGAGGAGAGCUGUAAGAUGGUGGAGUUGGGUAUUCAGACUAUGGAGGAGCCAGAAAUGGCUUUAUUCCUACAGAACACAAAGCCUCUCCUCAAAAAGCUUGCAGAUGCAUCCAGUACAGCACACUUGGACAAAGUUGAGCGAGGCUAUGAGAAUAUGGAUCAUUACACCGUCGACUUCACGAAAGAGGGAAAGGCCCUGCGCAGCCUUGACUUUCUCCAAGAUGAUGAAGAUGAGGAUGAAGAGGAUGAGGAUGGAGAAGCAGGCACGGAGGAAGGAGAGGGGGCCCAGACUGUUUCGGCAGGCAGUGCUGUCACAGCCGCCUCCGUCCAACCUUCUGCCCCCCAGCAGAGUAACUCCUCCCCAAGCGCAGCCAAGAGCGCUGCCUCGACCUAGCUGUCAGCCGCCGGCCCAGGAAACACCUAAACCUGGAGCAGGAUAAGUUUUGCUCCUAGAUGUUGAUUUCAGGUCAGUUGUGAUACUUUUCUCCCAGAUUGGGGAACAGAGACAGAUUUAGAUCUGUGCCGAAGGGAAAGUCUGAGUUGCUGAAGUAGAUCUAAAGGAAGAGACAGAAGUUUCAAUUCCCUUCCCUCUCCUUUAUUGUGAUUGCAUUAGCGUGCAUCACUGCACCCCGACUGAUUUUAUAUGUUUUUUUGUCUGGUUAAACACGCAUUUUUGGUUCCUUCUUUAGGUUCUUUUUUUUUUUAAAUACUGAAAGACAGACAGAUUAUUGGUUAUUUCCAGAAUUCAUACAUUUUUUAUGUAGCUGACCUUUUGAGACUCACAGCUUAAACUGCAUCAUUAGCGAACAUGACAAAAGGGCCUCGGGGUUUUCCUCCCUGUCGUAUACUUUUUUAUGACUGAUAUAACUUUAUGAGUAGGGUGAGAAACCAUCACUGUGACAUUUCAAUAUUUCAUACACGUAACAACCUGUAUUAUGUGUCGUACUCUUUGUUGUGUAACACAGGUAUAUUUUCCUAUGUGGACAAAUCGUCACUUUUUUGCCAUGUUGCAAUGUAUUAUAUCUUAUAUGUAAUUAAAAUUGAACACCUACAAUACAGAAUGU